AAGUACCUUAUAAAUAUGAUAGGCACGCAGACGCAUGUAUUUAUUAUUGCUAGUGUGUUUCCAUGCGUCAUGUUCAUCUCACUGAUGGUGAAAUCACACGGAUUGGUAGCGAGAGGGGCAUUUAAGUAAUUGCAAGGGGAGCUUUGGUUUUUGUUUGUUCGCAAAGGCCAGGCACACACAAGUCUUCCCCACCGGCGUUGUUAUAGCUCUCUCUCUCUCUCUCUCUCUUUGGUUUCGGAGAUUCUUCUUCUUCUCUGAUUCUUCUCCAACAAUAAUAACCCGCAGCUUCUUCGAUCCUCUCUCUUCCUCUGUUACAGGAUGGCUACGACGGCGAGUAGUGCCGCUAAUUCUGCAUCUCGCUUCUCCAUUGAUUCCUCUUUGUCGCGAUCACGUCACAGCGAUUCCUCUCCCUGGUUGAUGCCUGCUGCUGAUCCCCAUGAUGAUCCGGCUCCUUCCCUCUCCCAGGACGAUCCCUUCUUAACCGGAAAUGGCACUUCCGACUACGACAAUGCUGAUAAGAAGCCUCCUGUCUGGAACAUGCCUUCUUCUAAUAUCUCCUCCGAUGUCAUGGCCGCCGCCGAAUCCUGGCCUGCUCUUCGGUCUUCUUCCAACAAGUCUCCCUCUUUCGAUUCUUCCAAACCUUUAUCUGAUGGAUCAUCAUCAUCAUCAUCAUCAUCAUCACCAAUGCCGCCUCCCCAGGCUGGUGGAACUCCUUUCAAUGCCAAUGCUGGCUCAAGUGUUGCUGCUACCUCAUCUGAAAACAAUACUGUGAAUAAUAGCCCGAGGAAACCUUUUAGACGGAAUAACAACGCAUCAUCUUCCAGUAGUAACAUCUCCAACCCACCCAAUGCUGCGCCUUUUAACACCAGAGAUCAGACUCACAGUCAAAGGGGUGGUUCUUAUGGCUCAGGGAAUUUCCGUAAUUCCCAGAGAAAAAGCAACAACAGCUCUUACCCUCGUGGGGAAGGUCUUCACCAUGGAAACAGGCGCAAUUAUGAGAGCGGGUUUUCUCACCGUAACUAUAGUGGGAGAGACAUGCACUUGCAACCCCAGAGGGGUAAUGGGAUGAUGAGACCGCAGAUGCUGAUGGGGCCACCAUCUUUUCCUGCCAGUAGUGCGCAAUAUAUGGCAGCGCCUCAAUUAGGUUCAUAUGGUGGCCCCAUGAUCUACCCAGAUUAUGCACAGCAUGUCUUUAUGCCACCUCCAGACCCGAUGGCUUUAGUUGGACCCUUCCCACCUCUGCCUGUGUAUUUUCCCAGUUAUGAUGCCAUGUUGUACAAUAAGAUAUUGACACAAGUAGAAUAUUAUUUCAGCGCUGAUAACCUGAGCAGAGAUGAACACUUGCGGGAUCAGAUGAAUGAUGAAGGUUGGGUUCCUGUUAGAGUAAUAGCAGGAUUCAGGAGACUUGCAGAACUGACCAACAACAUCCACACUAUAUUGGAAGCACUAAAAAGUUCAGAAGUCGUAGAAAUUAAGGGUGAAACAUUGAGGAGGCGAGGAGAUUGGGACAAGUAUUUAUUGCCUCGUGAGCCUUCAAAGUUCGGUCCAGCAGCGGGGGCUAGCAACAAUGCCUCACUGGUGUCUCAACUUGAGAGCAUGGCUCUAUCAGAGAGGAGCAGAGAGGGAGAGUAAAGAGAUGCGACUAAGAGAGAGGAAGGAAGAUGUGUUUGCAUGCCUCUCUCUCUCUUUCUUUCCUUUUCUUUUUUUUUUUUUUUGUUUUGUCGAGAAUCGGAUAGGAACUGAUUGAUACUCGGUCUCAUCAUAAGAAAAACAAAUAAUAUGCUGCUCAACUUUUUUUGAACU